AUGAAGGUCCCAUGUGCUGCCAAUGAACUGCUUUGGUGGAUGGCUGUACAAAAUAUGGGAGAGACUGCCCUGAUGGCACACAUCAUGGAGUUGAAUGUGCUGCAGGUCAAAAGAGGAGAGGAAGGAAAAGAGAGUCUCCCACUGCUGUAUGACAUGGACUGGAUGCCAUCAGACAGCAUCAGCUGGUUGAUUGAAAGCCGUGAUGAGAUGAUCCAUCAGGAGGAGAUUCACCAGCUCCAUGGUGUGAUGGAAUUCUGCAGUGAAUGGCUCACCCUUUUUGACAGGCUUGGACAAGUACAGGACCAGCUUGAGGACUUCCAAGUCAAUUCAGUUACCCAGCCAGGAGCCAGCAAUAAGUAG